AUGAUAUGUUUUCUUGACUGCUUGGACCCAACAACUAUGCUGACUCAAAAGCUCACCUACCAGAACCAUUGCUCUGAAACAUGGAGCGUGAAAAGUCUUUCAGGGGAGGAAUACCUGAUUCAAAUCGGCUUUCCUCGUGACUGGAAAAGCAGUUCACAAGGCCCGAUUGAUGUUCCUGUGCCCAUUAUAUAUCUCACAGACGGAAAUUCAGUAUUCCUCACUGCCCUUGAGGCACUGCAUCGACGGCUGUCGAUGUGCCCGCCUCCUUUCCCAACUGGUGUUGUUGUUGCCAUCGGCUACCCGAUUUCUCCCGACUCAAAUAGUGUCAUGUGUCCGCGUCGGACAUGGGACCUCACACCACCUGCUGCCAAUUCGUCGGAGUCCGAAGGGGGAGCUGACAUGUUUUUGGAUUUCAUCGAAAAUCGGGUUCGUCCAUUAUUACGUCGAAGGCUGCAAGAGACACGGCGUGCUACCGCUGGGCAAGAGGCCCUUUAUGGACACUCGUUUGGUGGACUUUUCGCUCUCCACGCUCUGUUUACGAGGCCGACGAUGUUCAAUUGCUUUUUAGCGAGCAGUCCAAGCAUCUGGUGGAGCAACCAGUUUAUUUUAUCAGAAGAAGUUAUUUUUUCUGCUCCCGAAAAUGACCGAGGAUCUAAGCCAUCAUUGAUGCUCUUUGUUGGUGGACAGGAACAAGAUCCACCCAGAAAACGUCAUGAGAGGGAGAAAGAAUACGAGAAGAGGUCAAAACGUCAUUAUGAACGGCGUAUGGUUGACAACGUCCUCGACAUGCAAAACCGACUUCGAUUAUCGAGAAAUUUGGAGUUUCUGGCUGCCAAGAUAUAUGAAGGUGAGGACCACGGUACGGUAAUUGCGUGCUCCAUCAGUAAAGGCCUGGCAAUCUUCUUUGAAAACUGGCCUUUUGAACCUUCUUCGUAUUAA